GAUACUAAGGGUGGUCUCUGGCUCACACAGGCUUGGGUUUCUCGGUACCAGGCAAAACUGUUAGAGAAUCCUGAAGUUACCCUGCAAACCUGUCCCUCCCUUAAUCCAGCUACCCUGUUACCAGAAACAGAAAAGCAGGAACAUGAUUGUCUGGAAAUCAUAGAUGUCCCCUACUCUAGCCGCCCAGAUUUAAAAGAUCAACCACUCCCAAAUGCUGACUUGGAAUGGUAUACCGAUGGCAGUAGUACUGUUGUAGAUGGGCAAAGGAGGGCUGGUUAUGCUGUUGUGUCUCUCCAUGAUACCAUGGAAGCUGAGAGUUUACCUGCUGGGACAUCUGCCCAACUUGCUAAACUAGUGGCCCUGACUCGUGCACUCGAGCUGGCAAAAGACAAAUGGGUUAAUAUCUUUACUGAUUCAAAGUAUGCUUUUGGGGUAUUGCAUGUUCACGCUGGUUUGUGGAAGCAAAGGGGAAUGCUAACAGCCCAAGGCUCUCCGGUUAAGCAUGGGUCUCAAAUUCUCUGGCUGUUAGAAGCGGUACAACUCCCUGCAGCAGUAGCAGUGGUACAUUGCAAAGCCCAUCAAAGGGAAGAUCAAGAUGUAACCAAGGGCUAUGCCAGAGCAUACAAGGAAGCCAAGCGCGCUGCUACCCUGAAGUCACCAACAGAGGAGAAUGCUCAAAUGCAUGCCCUCAUCCCAUCAGUAGGUGAGCUUGCAGCUCCUCAGUACUCCCAUGAGGAGAGAAACCUAGUUGACAGGCUUGGUUUCCAGGAAAAGGAGGGAUGGCUUUAUUCCACAGAGGGAAAAAUCCUCUUGCCCAAGGGCCUAAUCCGACCGGUGUUGCAGAAACUGCAUCAAACCACACACGCAGGCAGAGAGGCUCUUACCCAGCUUAUGAAUAAGUAUUUUCUAACCUCUGGACUUAAACCCCUAGCAUCACAGGUACAGGCUGAAUGUUUAAAAGUUCCUUUAUACUCUCUCAUUGAUGAUCCCAAUUGCAUGGAGCUUAAUCGCAUUUUGUCGUUAGAGUAUGAGAAAACUCUGCCAAAGAUUGCUGGGACGGGCAAGGAGUCAGCAGGUUAUGAUGAUGGGUGA